UGCUGCCUCUCUGUCCGGAGCAUCGCGUCUCGCGUUGGCUCCUCGUCCGACACACCGCCCUGCAGACAGAAAAGGACAAUACUCUGCUAAAUAUAUAUUUGGUGUCUUAGACCACGGCGGUCCCGUGUCAUGCUCGCUGUCAUCCUCGAGCCCAGCGCCUGAGCUAGUUCACUGCAGCUGACGUCACUCCCAGCAUGGCGGUCAAGGUGCAAUCAACAAAAAGGGCAGACCCCCAUGACUUGAAGGCUAUUUUUCUGAAGUAUGCCAGUGUGCUGGAGGAUGGAGAGCAUUACAUGACCCCCGGGGACUUUGUACAGAAGUACCUGGGUCUGCAUGCACAACCUCAGCAUAAUCCCAAAACUGUGGAACUGAUAGCUGGAGUUGCUGACACUACGAAAGAUGGACUGAUCUCUUUCCAGGAGUUUCUGGCCUUUGAAUCAGUUCUGUGUGCCCCGGAUGCUCUGUUCAUAGUUGCCUUUCAGUUGUUUGACAAGACGGGCACAGGCGACAUCUCUUUUGAAAAUGUACGUGACAUCUUCAGCCAGACCACAGUUCAUCACCACAUUACCUUCAACUGGGACUGUGAGUUCAUCAAGCUUCACUUUGGCCAUGAAAGGAAAAAGAGACUCAGCUACUCAGAGUUCACCCAGUUUCUGCAGGAGCUGCAGUUGGAGCAUGCCCGCCAGGCGUUUUCACAAAAAGACAAGAACAAAAGUGGCACCAUUACUGCUUUGGACUUCAGCGACAUCAUGGCCACCAUCAGACACCACAUGCUGACUCCAUUUGUAGAGGAGAACCUGGUUUCAGCUGCAGGAGGCAGCACCUCCCACAUGGUGAGCUUCUCCUACUUCAAUGCCUUCAACGCCCUCCUCAACAACAUGGAGCUGAUUCGCAAGAUUUACAGCACCCUCGCCGGCACUCACAGAGACACACAUGUUACCAAAGAGGAGUUUGUUCAUGCUGCCAAUAAGUUUGGUCAAAUCACUCCGAUGGAGAUUGCCAUCCUGUAUCAGCUCGCUGGUCUCCACACUCACUCCGGGCGGCUGAACCAUGCAGACAUCGAGAGGAUAGCCCCGUUGGAGGAAGGAGACAUGCCUUACCACCUAGCAGAGACCCAGAGACAGCACCCUCGCGAAACGUCUCGGCCCAUCUGGCUCCAGGCUGCAGAGUCUGCCUACAGGUUUUCUCUGGGCUCAAUCGCUGGAGCGACCGGUGCCACGGCUGUGUACCCCAUCGACCUGGUGAAGACGCGCAUGCAGAACCAGCGCUCCACAGGCUCCUUCGUAGGAGAGCUGAUGUACAAGAACAGCUUCGACUGCGCAAAGAAAGUGCUCCGCUACGAGGGCUUCUUCGGAUUCUACAGAGGUCUGCUCCCGCAGCUCAUCGGCGUUGCCCCGGAGAAAGCUAUCAAACUCACGAUGAAUGAUUUUAUCAGAGACAAGUUCACCACAGACGAUAAUUCCAUCGUUCUGCCUGCAGAGAUUCUCGCUGGUGGAUGUGCUGGAGCUUCCCAGGUGAUUUUCACCAAUCCUCUGGAGAUCGUUAAGAUCCGUCUGCAGGUGGCUGGAGAGAUCACCACGGGCCCCAGGGUCGGAGCCAUGACUGUUGUGAGAGACCUGGGCUUCUUUGGCCUCUACAAGGGAGCCAAAGCAUGCUUCCUGCGUGACAUCCCCUUCUCCGCCAUCUACUUUCCUGUUUAUGCCCACACCAAGGCGAUGCUGGCAGAUGAGGACGGAAGCCUUGGGGCUCUCCAGCUGCUCACUGCUGGAGCCAUCGCAGGUAUCCCGGCGGCUUCGCUGGUGACCCCUGCUGAUGUCAUCAAGACCAGGCUCCAGGUGGCGGCCCGAGCCGGCCAGACGUCCUACAGCGGGGUGAUCGACUGCUUCAGGAAGAUCCUCAAGGAGGAAGGUUUCAAGGCGUUUUGGAAGGGCACAGGAGCUCGAGUCUGCAGAUCUUCACCGCAGUUUGGUGUAACCCUGGUGACCUACGAACUGUUACAGAGAUGGCUCGAUGUGGACUUUGGAGGACAUCGCCCUGCCGGCUCUGAGCCCACUCACAAACCGACAGUCCCCGACCUCCCCUCGGUGACGGCGGACCACGUGGGCGGCUACCAUCUGGCUGCUGCAACCUUUGCCGGCGUGGAGAGGAAGUUUGGUCUGCACCUGCCCAAGUUCAAGCCUUCUGGAGAGGAGACAAUCAAACCAGCGGUGCCUGUAACGGAGCCGGAAGCUUCAUAAAGCUCACCGUGGUUAGGUUUACUUUAGGUUUUCCCUCAAAUGAUUUUAUUGAGCCACGUUCUAAUGCAAUUGAGCGAUUG